AUGUCACUGCUGCAUUAUUGGGAGACACAGCGCUCCGUGAAACGAAGGAAGACCUCCGGAGAGGCUUCUGACACAACCCCCAAAUUGGAGGAGAUGCCCGGCGAAGACAGUGCCAGUGCCAGUGAUAUACGGCCACCGAGCCCGAGUCCCUCGAUAGGUGUUGCGGACAGUAUACUCUUGACGGGGAAUGACGAAAUCGAACACGAACACCAAGUGAAGAGCAGUCAGACGGAUUUAGAGACCUCUCUUCCUGCAAUUGAGACCGAUGAACAUGCCAUCCGAGAAUACGAGGCGUUUCAAUCCCAGAUCAAGAAAAGCGAACACGACGAGGAGACAGAUACAGAACCUGGGCUACAUGUGAGACUACGAGAUGGCGUAUGGCAGAAGGGCAAAAGUUCCAUCUACGUAGAUGCGUUCAAUCUAGCACUGGAAACUGUGCUGGAGGAAGAAUCGCACCUCUUCGAUGCCGCUGAAUUGUGCAUAUUUAACGAAUGGAAGGGACUAGCUUAUGAAUCACAAUACUUAUAUGUGCGGCUUUUCCUUCGCAAGACCUCCGCAUGGCAUCGUAUCAACCGCCUGGGCUAUUACUCUGACAUAUCAGAUCUAUCCCUCGUAGCCGCGGAUCUCCAAUUAGAUCGCAGCUUACCGAAACUCGAGAACGACGAAGAGGAAGACACACCAUCAAACCUGGGCCCCUCGUUUAGAUUCGCAGACGGCAUGACCGAGAUCACAACAUUGGAAGAAGCGUCCUCACUAUUGCUAUUAGACGAGCUAAAAGGAUUCGCCAAAGAAGCCAAAGCCCAAGGAAAAAACAAGAAAGAACUCCUAUCCGCACUCCGCGAAAGCAGUCAAUCCCAAACCGGUCUCGGAUUCAAGGAUAAAUCCUGGCAAGCCAACCAACCGUCAAACCGAGAUGACCAUUUCGUGGCAAAAAUCCUCGACUAUACCGGCGAAUGCAUCCGUCUCACCCCGGAACCACGCGCUCUCUUCGAACGCGUCCAUUUAGUCUUCUACAGAUCAACAGAGUGGAGCGAGAAAUCAUUGACAACAAUAAUCCUGGCGAAAAUUUCUCGAAGGAAUUUCCCUGAUUACAUCGUUUGUCGAUCGAACUCGAUCUUCCCUUCUCGAAAGUCGUUAUUGGAAUUCGAGUCCGCGCUACGUACACAAUUUGAUAUUGACAAUAUUCUCGAAUUUAACGGUCCGCCCACGACAGAGUCGUUGCAAAGUAUCAUCGACCUGGCCGUUAACAUUCACCCUCGCUGGACACAACUCGUCAACGAAGAACAGGUGAAAGAAAAUAGUAUCUACGAAAUUGGUGAAGGCGCUUAUCUACGCCGCUUCUCGCCUGCUUGGGUUUAUACGCGAAUCAUUCACAAAAGUCUCCACCCACUUGGUCGAUUUAAAGAACAUAAACGUGAGCACGAGAUUAUCAGCGAACUACUUGCUCAGAGAUUAUUCCACGCAAGCCGACGUGGCGCCUGGUAUCAGCGGAAAGCGUUGUUGGAAGAACAUUACAUGUGGGCAUUGACGGCCAGCGAGGAUCGGAGUGAGGAGAAGCAGCGCAAGUUUUGGAAACGGAUUGCGUUGAGGACGUGUGAGGAGGGUAUUGAGGAUCCGCUGUGUCAUUUGAUAUAUCAUUAUGAUUUGCAGAAACGGAUUACGAAGCUUGAGAAGGCGCUUAAGUUUGUUAAGAGGGAACAGCAUGAUUUUGGACAUGUUAUGCUUUCUAAACCUGCGGAGAGGACUAUUGAGGGUAUUCGGAUUGAGCGUGAUGAUGAACUGUCUGCUGCUGGCAGCAGUGGUAUCGCUGCUGCUACUAAACGGGGCAAGCCUACGAUAUGGAUUGAUGAGCGCGAGGGAGGCGAGUGCCGGGUCGAAAGCAUGUGUCUGAGCUGGUAUCGGGAUAAUGGUUGGAAGGGAUAUCACUCUGAAGGAGGCAUCGUGCGAACAUUAUUCGCCUACCUCUUCUACGAUAUCCUCUUUACCUAUGUGCCGAACGUGUUCCAAACCCCCUUCCAGACCUGCCCACUGGAUCUGCACACAGAUGUGUUCUACCCAUCGCGCGCGUCAGAGAUAAACCACCGACUCGUCGAGAUCACGAACGGUGACGCGGAGCGUAUUGUGCGAGAGGUUCAUGAUCGUGAAUCAUCAGCCCAGCCUUGCGCCAUUGGCCUUGAUUGGUCCUUUGAAUUGGAUGAUCUGGUUGAGAUUGUGCAGAGUUUCCGCGGCGAGGCUCUUGCUACUAUCUGCAAGGUUAUGGCGCAGGAGUAUCAGCAGCGCGGUGGGGGAAUUCCGGAUCUUUUCUUGUGGAAUUAUGAGAGCCGGACUGUUAUGUUUUCGGAAGUCAAGUCUGAGAAUGAUCGGCUGAGUGAUACUCAGCGAUUGUGGAUUCAUAUUUUGCUUGGGGCUGGGGUGAAGGUUGAGUUGUGUAAUGCUGUUGCGAGGGAGGUGAGGACGGGGUGA